AUGAUACGAUUUCCCAGUGGAGAAGACGACAACAAAGUUCUUCCGGAAGAGCAACGCUUUUACUACCUGAGGCUAAUGGCCAAGCCGUCAGAAGGCAAGCACGAACCAAUAAAAACGAAAUUUGUUCGCUGGGCGCCUCCGUGCACACAGCAAAACAGCGUUGAAGCUGAUCAGGAUCUUGAGGUACAUUCGAGUUGUUACCGGUCUUUUCAUUAUGACAUUGGGAUUCGAGCAGCUUAG